AUGAAUACUAAACGAUCAAAGCAAAACUUAAAAUCUUGCGCAACAAAACGUCCACGUAUAAAUAAGAUUACACCAACUGACACAAUACCAAUAGUACGAACAAACAAACAUCGUUGUUAUGUUUUCUGUCCAGUUGAACAUACGUCGCUAACAUGUGUACCUGGCAUAGGACAAAAGAAUAAAAAGCUCUUGCACAAAGCAAAUAUACCUGAUUUGUCAACCUUAUAUGAACGCUGGGAAAUAAUGAAUAAUCCGAGACAAUUCCAAAAUUGGUUAGUAAAUGAUGUAGGUUUUACGAACUAUCAAGCCAGUAUGACCUCUUGUGAAUAUACGUGGCCCGUUCGAGGUAGCAAUAAACGAAAGAGAAGUAGCACAGAGGAGGAUACUGAAAAGUUGUCGACAAGCAAACGAAACGUACAAUCAGAUGGUGAAGUUAAAUUCAUAACAACUUCUAAAAUUAAAUCAAAACCAAUGAGAUCAGACACUCAAAAAGAAUUAUUUAAGUUAGAGCUGAACAAUUUGCCAAACAGCCUUCCUUCAGGUUUACAAAGUGUAAAAGAAAAGCAAAACUCGACGGAAGUUCAAAAGAAAACAACUAUAAAACUAACGGAUCUUGGUUCUAAACCUCUAAAUAAAUCAGAAAUGUCAUCGCCGAGUAAACUGGAGUUGAAUAUCGUUGGAUUGAAAUCAGACGAGAUCGAACAAACAGUGGCUCUCAAGGGUAAUAAAUUUGAUUUGUUGAGUACUAAAAGCAAACCAAGCGACGAUACAACUUCCAAAAUACCAAUUGAUAAAGUAUUGUCUUUAGCAAUAAAAGUAACAACAAACAAUGAAUAUCUAAAAUCAACCGAGCAGAAUUUACCGAAAAGGUGUGAUUCUAAAACUAACAUUUUGUCACAGAACACGUCUGAACAUGAAGAUUUGAAGAUAAGUAAUCGAUCUCAUUCAUCAGAUGAAUUAGAUUCAACCACUGUUUCCAUCAAAUCGCAUCAAGAUAAGAGAAUGCCACAAAAUCUUGUUGAAUCAGAUCCGAAAAGUAACGAACAAACUAAAAAAGAGUUAUCGGAGUCGAACAUGAAAGAAAAUCUUAAGUCUAUCAAAAAUUUAAGCCUAACAAGUGCACUUGCCACGAUGAAAGCAAAAGACAAUAAUUUUUCAACAAAAGAUUCAUCGAGUCCAGUUAACACACCAAAAACUUUACAAACGAAAAAUUUAAAUUCAAAAGUUUCCUUGAUAGACUCUAAUGGUACCAGUAUAAUAUCCAAGGAUAUAACAGAAUCAAUUAUUUCAAAUCUCAAAGAGAAUACAGCAGUGGCUGAACAGCAGCUAUCACCAACCGAAUUACAAUCAACAGAAGAUAAUUCCGUACGAAAGUUAUCGGAUGAAAAACAACUUGAUAAAACACCAAAAGCUGAAAAUGAUGAAUCGAAGGGCAGACAAUUGAAGGGCACGCCGACACUAGACCAUAGAAAAAGCAUUUCGUCUCUUAAACGUUCUAUUUUAUCGUCGCCAAAAUCAACACCAGCCGUUUUUCCCUCCAAACCAUUAAGAUUUGGAGCAACAACACCAAAACUCGAUGAAAGAUCGAGUGUAUUAUCUAAAACAUUCGCUGGUCUUUCUUCAACAACCGGAACAGUUGAAGAAGUAGCUUCAUCACAGAACGAUCGGUUUCUGUCUCUACAAGAAGGGUCAAGAUCAUCCAAAAAUCUAGUUAAAACAUCGAAAGAAUCAAUUGAGUCUGGCGUAGCAGUACAACGCACAACCGAGAUUAUACCUUCAAAAAUUCCUCUUGAUGAUCAACCAAAUUUGUUGAAGCAACUACCAACACAAUCCGACAUAAAGUCAUCACCUGAGAAUAAUAUUCGAGCAGCGUACACCCAAAUAUUAGAUAUCAAACCAAACAAAUCUGGAACAGAAACAGGUGAGCAAACAAGAAGUGAUAGUCGACCGAAAAUUCAAGAUUCCCUAACAAGAUCGCAAAAGUCUAUCAUACCAGAUUCAAUAUCUCAGAAGCAAAGUUUUUCUCUUUCGAUUUUUAAAGUACCAAUUAUUACUGCGUGUCUUUUAGAACCGCCAUCAAAUACUAUGAAUCAAAUGGAAAAAUGGACACAGCCAGAUGUAAAAUCUGAGAAAGACGUGACACAAGAAUUUUUCCCAGAAAUGUCUGCCACUGUACAACACGUCGAUUCUAACAAAGAUAAAAUUCACAGUGAUUCAAUGAGUAUAUCUGCAAGUACAUUAGAAUUACGCACACAAAUAGUCAAAGAAGAAGUGAAUGAAAUUCUCACAGCUGCAGCUGAAGUCAUUCAACAAACAUUACGAGAUACAUCUAUAUUGAUCAAUGAUGCCCAGUUCAAAAAUCUUUUUCAGUCACCAUCUAAUGGGAUGAAUAACAAAUCGGAAGAUAAUAAGUCAAAAAUACCCCCAUCUACUCAACUUGACACCGUUGUAGAGUCACCGAUAACAUCGCAACAGCAACAACAAAACUUAGCACCUGUUAAGAAAAAAAUUCUAUCACCAAAGCCAAAAUGUAUACCUCUCGCUGAACGGCUAGCCCAAGUUCGAACAUUGAAAGCGCAGCGUGAGCGUAUUGGAACAACAACUGAAAGUAGUCGUACUAUAACACAGUCAUCAAGAACCCAUAUCCCUCUUAUUAAUAGUAUGACAUUUCCAGUUUCACAUAAGCCAAACGAAGCAUCGAGUCAACAAAUACCUAAAUCUUUGAAUAAACCAUCGAAUGACUGUAGUUCAGAAAAACUGAGUGAGUCCUACAUCGUACAAUCGAAUACCUUACAACAUGAAAUAAAAGCUAUAUUAAAUCGAACGAAAAGCAGUGCAAACUUACAAACUAAUCAAGAAUUGACAAACUAUACAUCAAAUAAGCAUGUAGAUAUUCAAUCUGAAACAAAAUUUCGAUCACAAUCACCUAAAAAUGAAGAAAAUACACCAUUAACAAAAACGGCUAUCAAAGAAAUAUAUCCAUCAAUAGAACAAGAAACACUAUCUUUUGAAGGCGAUAAAUCAAGCAAAAAGUCUUUACCUUUAAGACGAGUAGUAGAAAAUUCUCAAAUAGCCAAGCCACAAGAAGAUGGAAAAACUGCCUGUCAACAGGACACAAAACGAAAAAUCGAGAUUCAGGACACCGCGGCUCUCAUAUCCCGAUUAGAAAAAAAUGCUGUUGAUGCUUCAAUCUUAAAAAAACGCCCACAAGAAACUAUCACACGUUCGACAGAAAGCGCAACUCAGACUGCUUCACAAUUUUCACCGGAUAAGUCAUUACUAGAUAAAACUUUCCCCUCUGAUUCACAGAAAAUUCACAAAAAUGCUAUAGACAAACCGACGAAGUUGAUAAAUGAAAAUAAAUCAGUCCCAAGUGAAAAAAUUUCGUUAAAAGACGCACUAGACGUCACUAAUUUAAAAAGCCAGAAAGAAGUUGAACUGAUUGAAGAUGACAUUAAUGUCAAAGAAAUGUUCUCAAAAGCUCACCAGUCAUUAGAUUUAUAUCAAAAUUCGAGUAAUAUAUCUUAUUUGAAAAUGAAAGUUUUUAAAACGUCAAUAGCAUCUGAUAUUCGUUCUUUCACAUCAGCAGUCAAGAACCAAGCAAAACAGCCGAUUGCGGCAUGGAAACAUAAUUUAAAGACCAUUGAACCAACAUUAAAUGAACAACUAGAGAAAAAUCAAAUAGGUCUUGAUGGUCGCAAAUUUCUAUCAACCGCCACUAAUGCGUUGGACGAUCAGAAAAUUCAACAACAAAUAACUAAUUCGUCAUUAGCUGACCUGAAACAUUUUGUACCACAGCCACGUAUGGGCUCAAAUGAACCAAUACCAUCGCCUUAUUUGUUAAUAUUAAUGCCAAUUAAAGCUCAAACAAUUCCAAAACCGAGUGUAUUUUCACAAGAUAUGCCUACUUCCGAAUCGUUGGUAACAAAAAUGGAAAUUUCUGAGGUUUCAAAACAUAAUGAUUCAGGAAAGAAAAGGACAGAUGAUGAAAUAGUCGUACAAGACGGGGAACAAAGUCUGAGAAGAUUGGGUGCUUCCGUACCACUAUGCAAUGUGAUAACAAAAGAAAAUUCAAAUGAUGUCUUGAUAGAUUUUAGCGGACGAAUAUCAUUCAAACAAAAAUGUUUCAUCAGUAUUUUAGGCAACGAACGAAAAAAUGAUACUAACGUGGAUGGAACAAAUACUUUAUAUUCUAGUUAUUCGACUACGAACAAAGCCGUAUGGUGCGAGAGUGGUAAUUUACUUGAUAAAACGUCAGUGCAUCCGCAAUAUGUUAAAGUGCAAAAGUUACUUAUACCUCAAGUUGAAUUUCAUGAAUCAGAAGAACAAAUUAGUAAUAGAGAUACGAAUAAUUCGAUAUUAGAAACAAAAUUCUUUGUCUCAGAAAGUGAUAAUAAAUAA